GGCCUAAAUCAUGGAUUGGUGCGUUGUUUGGUUAAUGUUAGCUUCGGUCAAGGACGUGAACAUGCGCAGUGUCUACUUCAUUCUUUUGGUCGUGUUGGGAUUUUUGAGUUCAGAUUUUAACUGAAUUUUUUUCUUUCGGAUUUUAGAGAAGGAGGCUUUUUAAUUUUUUUUUUGUUUAUAUUUUUUUUCUCCUCUCCCCUUGCCCCACCUACCAAAAUAAAUGCUUCUGAUGAUGACCAUGGCUUUUAUCAGCAUUGGUAAUAACACCCUGUGCAACUCAAGAAUAGCAACACAUCUGCAACAAUGGAAGAUCAAAAUGAUGGUAAUUUCUUUAUUGAUGAUUCAAGCAGCACCAACUUGAUCAUCAAUUAUUUACCUCAGACAUUGUCAGAUGAUGAGUUCAGAUCGAUGUUCUUAAGUGUUGGUCCAAUUAAGAGCUCCAAAAUAGUAAGAGAUAAAGCAACUGGGUAUAGCUAUGGCUUUGGUUUUGUUGAUUUCCAACAUGCAGCUGAUGCUCAACGUGCAAUUGAGACACUUUCAGGCUUGCAAUUACAAAAUAAAAGAAUCAAAGUAGCAUUGGCCAGACCUGGUGGUGAUCAAAUAAAGGGUGCAAACCUUUAUAUCAGAAAUUUGCCUGUUCACUGGAAAGAAGGAGAACUUAACAAAAUAUUUGACCCUUUUGGAAAAAUCAUUCAGUCAAGAGUAUUAGUAGAUUUAUCUACUGGAAUUAGUAAAAGGGUUGGUUUUGUUCUGUAUGACACUAGAGAUGAAGCAGAAAGUGCAAUAAAAGUUUUAAGUGGCAAAACUCCAGAAGGCUGCACAGAACCAAUUAUGAUCAAAUUUGCUGAUGAUAAUACCAAAAAAAUGAAACAGGGCACAGUACAGUAUGUACCAAUACCGAAUUUUGCUGCUCCCGGCCCCAUGAGGAACCAAAUGAAUCGCUUCCAACGCUUUAAUCCUAUGGCUGGCAAUUUCAAUGGUUCUCCUGGCGUCCCUCAAGCUCAGCAAGGGGGAUACACUUUGUUUGUUUAUAACAUUGGAUUUCAAGCAACUGACCGUACUUUGUGGCAACUGUUUUCCCCAUUUGGUACUGUACAGAAGGUAAACAUAAUGUUGGACCAUGAAAAGAAUCAAUGCAAGGGAUAUGGCUUUGUUACUAUGACUAAUUAUCAAGAAGCUCAAAAUGCAAUUAAUUGCUUAAAUGGAUACUUUUUUCAAGGAAGAGUUCUCCAGGUUAGCUUCAAAGGACAAAAUCAAACUGGGCCUAACUAAGUAAGCAUUUCAACUCAAGGUGUAAGAAAGAUUUUUGCAGUAACUAGGCAUUUUAUUUGGGCACCUUUAUUUGGUUAUGUAAAUAUUUGCAUAUUUUUUUAAAAAAAUGAAACAUCAGUUUUAAUAUGUACUGAAACAAAAAUGAAACAUGAUCUACCUAAUUAACAAUCCUUUCUCAUUUUGUACAUGUUCAUUUAAAAUGUAUUUAUCUAUUACUUUAACUGCUACCAAAUUUUAUUUAUCAAAACUGUCAAGCUCUUAUUUCUUUUGAAUAAUAGUAAAUUAUCCUAGUUAUUUUGUUUUUUAGUGAAUGGUAAGAGUAUUUUGUUAAAUGUUAUUAGUUUAUGCAUUUUUCUUUGUUUGUUUUUAGUUAUCUACUAAAUGUAUUUUCUUUUGUAAUUGCAUAUUUUUUUAAAGUUCACUUUGUGUAUGAAAAAUAAUUUUCGGACCAAAUGUAACUUUAAAUUGCCUAUUUAAACUGGUACAAAAAAUUAUGGAGAUUGUGUUCAUUUCACCUGUAAAUAACAUUUUCCAGUAUGCAUUAAAAGAAACUUACAUGCUU